AUGAAAGCUUUGAGCGGGCAAGGGGUCCGAGUCGGUAUAUGUAGCUGGCUGAGGCGGCGUUGUUCGUUCGUUCUUUUCCUCGUUUCGAAUCUGAGCACCGAUGGGCGCCUCCGAAUCCCUUCUCUCAGAACAACAGCAACGACAGCAGCAGCCGAUCGAUGAGAUCACCACCGUCUCCGAGAGGAUCGAGGGCGUCGAUCCCCUCCUCGAACGCAUCCGGGCCCUCAAGAUCACCACGCCGUUGCUGAAAUCUCUGCCUCCUUCCGAGAGCUCCUUGACGGAUAUUCUCGUGAGGAAACCCUCCUCCUCCAACUCGUCCGUAUCAGGUACUUUGAAUCCCAAGGUUCUACUAGAGUUGUUUGCUAUGUACCGUGAAUGGCAGGAAGAGAAGGCCAAGAAAAUUAGUCAGAAACAGGAGGAGAUAGAAAACAAGAUAGAAACCGCAGAUGCUUUGGCUGUUAAGCUUCUUCAGCGAUUCAACUAUUCAGUGUCGGCUAUGAGAUCUACUGCACACAGUCUCUCUGAAGUACAUCCAUUGCAAGUAGAAGUGGGUGAAUUCAAGGGCAGGCUUACAGAGGUAAUAAGCAAUUGUGAUGCAUUAUGCAAGAGAAUUGCUGCAGAAGGUCCAGAGGCACUUCGGUCAUCAGUGGAGCCAUUUUCAGCUAGUGGCAUGGAACACCUGGACCGUGCCGCAUUGCAUAAGCAACAAAACCACUGAAUAUAUAGCUGAAGGGUCUGGAUAAUGCUACCGACAAACUCAUUACUUUCUGCUCAUAUACUACUCAACACCCAAGAAUUUCAUGUCAAACAACAGUGGAUGGAAUGGUUUUGUAGGCCAUCUCGGACAGCAUCAGAACGGAUAGGAAAAACAAGUAGCUGGAUAGAUGACCACUUGGAACCCUUUGUUACUGGGGUUGGCAUGAACAUGUUUACAUCAGUUGGGAGAACACUAAAUGUUGGACCAUUCUUGUUCAAUCAACCCUUCUCAUUUUUGAUUUUAAAUCUAAUCAUUACUGCA